UGGACUUAAUUAGGGGAAGAGUAAUGAAACCUAAGUAGGGGUUUUUUGGCUUUAUUUGUUGAUAUUAACAAUGUUCUCUCAGCAUGAAGUUCGUGGUCCUCCAAUCUUCCAAUUUCUGCUCUUUCCUCUCUUACAUACCUUAAUUUUGUCUCUCUGAUAUAGGAAAACAUAAAAGUAUCUAGUUGAAGACAUUGAACAAUCAGUCAUUUAAGGCUAUGUAUAUGCUGCUGAAAUAUGUAUUCAUGUAUUCAUCUAGUUGAAAACAUUGAACAAUUGCAUAUUGCCUUUAUAUCGAAAUUCUAUUGAGAAAUAUUGAAUACUUUGAAAAUCGAGAAGUGCAUUUGCUUGGUACUUUUGCUUAACUUCCCGGAUUUUCUUGACUUUCAGAAGUGCCUGCAAACUCGUCAAUACUUGACCAUGAAAAGUGCGAGGAGAUCUGGUGUAGAUAAAAUUAGCAAUUUGCCUUGUAAUGUUCUGGAUGGAAUUCUAGGGUGCUUGUCUUUGAAAGAUGCAGUAAAGACCAGUAUCUUGUCAAAAAACUGGCGGUACAAUUGGGUAACACGUACAGAACUUGAUUUUGAUUAUCACCUUUUCAGGUCACUUGCACAUGAGCAAGAAGCUAACACAAUCAUUUACCAGGUCCUAUUACUCCAUAAAGGACCAAUACUGAAUUUUAUACUCAGCGGCUCUAACUUGAUAAGCUUUCCUGAAAUUGAUCACUGGAUACUCUUCUUGUCAAAGAAAAAUGUCCAAAAAUUCACCCUUCAGAUAUAUUCACGCAAUAGCUAUCAUUUACCUUCCCACCUUUUUACAUUCAAGCAACUAAGGCAUCUGGAACUUGGUAUGUGCUUGUUCCACCCUCCACCCGGUUUCAAAGGAUUUGAGAAGCUUAUCAAUCUUGAUCUUAAGGACGUCACUUUUGUUCCAGCAGUACUUAAGAAUCUUAUUUCCAGGAGCCCAUUGCUUGAAAGAUUGAGGUUGUGUUGGUGCACAAACUUUGACACCCUUGAAAUUGAUGCUGUUAAUCUCAAAUGCUUUGCCUUCAGAGGAGCAUCGAAGUCCAUCUGCUUCAAGAACGCCCCUAUGCUUAGGAAAGCUAAUGUGUAUCUUACUUCACCCGCUUCAGCGGAUGCAUCCCCUGUUUGUUCCAAUCUUACAAAAUUCUUCUGUUACAUGCCUCGCCUAAUGGAACUGGAUAUAGGUGGUUUUUUAUUGAAGUACUUGACGAUGGGAGGUCUGCCGGAGAACGCUCUGACUACUCUGAACAAUGUCAAAUCUCUUAGAAUUGGGGGAAUGUUAUUUAGGACCGUUGAGGAGGUUUCAUGUGUUAUUUACUUGAUUUCAAGCUGCCCCAAAUUACAGGAGUUGACUAUUGAAUGUGAAACAAUGAACACAAUGAACGAUGUUGCCGAACCUAUUGUACAAUUCUUACGAGACCAAUCAAGCUUGUGUGGUGUUGUGAAGAUACUUCAAAGAGUGUAUAUGUGUAUGUUCAGUGGUCUUGAGAUGGAAAUUGAAUUUGUGAGGUCUAUAUUAGCAUAUGCACCUGUACUUGAGGAAAUUUCCAUUUGGAAUUAUUCAUGUCUCCUCAUUCAGACGGGUAAGCAACUGACGGAUAAGAUGAAACAAUUCCACCAAGCAUCACCCAAUGUUGAAAUCAUAGUUGAUGAAGUUGAUGUAGAAGAUUAGUAUUAGUUUUUGUUGAUGGUGCAAGAGAGGGAUCUUUUAUUAUUAUUGGUUUUUGUUUUGUUUGUGGAGCUAUUGCAGCAAUUCUUGAGUUUGGAUUUGCCUGUUAUGCACUGUUUGUGUUGCCUAAGAUACUUAUAUAAAUCUAAUUAAUGGA